UUAAUUGACACAUGACUGUACACUGAAUAAUACUGGACAAAGUUUCUAGAUAACAUUACACGAAUUUUCUUGCAUUUUUCGGGAAUUAAAAAGUCGAACCUUCCUGAUGGUUCGGCGCGAGCCUCCUCACAUAUCCUCGUGCACUUACACGGGCGCACGUGCAUGUACGCUAUAUUAAUUACAAUGAUUUCCUGCCACUUAUGCCCGAGCGAGAUUUAAAUUAUAGAUAUUCACUGCGCGGAGGAAAGGGGGUGAGGGAGAGGGAAAGGAGGCAGGGAAGAUCCGGAGAAGAAGGGAAAGGAAGGGUAGAAGAAGGGAGAAAGGGAUAGAGGGAGAAGGAGAGCGAGAGAAUGGGCAGCAAAGAGGUCCGACCGGACCUUCAGCCGUGAUUACAGGGUGCGCACGAACAUUUCAGGAAUCAGACUCGCGUCAGAACCUCUCGGGUCAUGGGUCAGUCUUGCUCCCCCCCGCCCCUUCUUCUUCUUUUCGAUCUUUCAUGUCCCUCAAUUCUUCUUUCGCCACAACAUACACACACACAACACACUUUUUUUUUAAUAGAUUAGUUCUCUUUGUCAGUUCUCUUUGAGACCUUGCGAAUCGGGGAAACUUCCGUUUCGCGAUCUGUUUUGUGUUGAAUCGAUUUUAUAGAGAUCCUUUUGGGGUUGUGCGAGAGAUUAAAAGUAUAUACAGGGGAGGGAACGCAUCGUGCAACACGUCCGUGUGCCGUGACAAAUUGUCCGCCAAGUUGUAAAUCAGAGGGCAGUGGGCCGCGCGCGCGCGCACCCCGGCUUUGGAGUCUGAGCGCAAUUAAAUCGUAAAACACGCGCGCGGCACAUUAAUAAUGAUCAACCGCGCCGCGCCGUAGAAUUUUAUUUGCGACGAAAAACUCGCCGACGGGGAACUUUUUGCGAGGAACGACCUUUAAACAUCACCUCUCGAUAUUACUUUGAUUCCGUCAGAUGAAAGUGAAGACCACUGUCAAAAAAGCGGAAUGUUAGAAUAAAGUAAAAUCUAAAUUCUUUUAUAAUAAAAUUAAUUGGAUACUUGUCAUUACAUUAAUCUCUUUAUAAAAGCGAGAAAUUAAUUUUAAUAUUAAAUAAAUUAAAUUUAAAUUCGUGAAUUGGAUAGGAGCUUAAUAAAGUGCACGAAACUUUGUUUAAAAGUCAAAAUUUCAAAUUGUAACGGUACAAAAUUGCAUACAUCUCUCGAGGAGCUUUUCUUGGCUGGAGUAUUCUUAUCGUUUCUCCCGUAAAGUUGUUAUCGGUUAACGCGAAGACGAACCUAUCAUUCGAGUUCCUCGAACCGUGUUCUCCAAGUGACGGGGAAUCAGGUCGGCGAUGAACAUGCUCUCUUUUCCUAACUCUCUCUCUCUCUCUCUCUCUCUCUCUUUUCCCUUUCUCCUCCCCCUCCCCCUCUUGAGAAAGAACUCAAGUUUAUGCGCGGCUGUUUACCACCCGGUAAAUGUUAUACCGCGGUCAUAACGUAUAUCUUGGCGGGGCUGUAUGGAAAGUCCCGUACGGGACGACCAUUAGCCGCAUUCAAUCACCAUUACACGCUCACGCGCGCUUUCUGCGCCUCGCUCACCUCUCGUCCCCCUUAAAUUUUUGCUCGCCCAGGAUCAAGGUGAAAAUAUGUAUGUGCCAGAGUUAGGAUGAGAGCGAAGACCCAUGGAGACGGCCACUCAUGAAAAUCGACGUUUACUUUAUACUCAUAUCGGUCGGAAAAAUAUCCGAAACUUCCGUCGGAGAUUUCCGGUAAACAUCGUUUUCAUUUUGAGCUCGAUCGACAUCCACUGCACGAUCCUUCUCUGAUUUUUCUUCCUUAAUCCUUGUUCAUUCCCUGUUAAAAAAAUUUGCAUUUUUUGGAGCAGCUACUGGUUAAUUAUAUUAAUUUCUAUCUAAUUACUGAGAAGUAAGACUACUUGGGAUCUCAAUCAAGAUGUAAUACUUCACCUGCUUAUUAUUGCUUACAAAAGUUGUACGAUUUCCAAAUUUAUUUGCCGAACAAAGACAGGUCUAUUCAAUUAAUAAGGAUAAUAAGAGGCUUGAAAGCUUACUAAUCGAUACCAAUAAGCAAUAAUUGGAUAGGUGUCUAUACAAAUUGUACAUAAUUUUACCAGGAAAUCUGCUUCAACUACUGAAUGAACUCUGUCAAAUUUCAGUUUAUUUUCUGCAAGUCAGAAUUAAUACGAGGGUACGUUUUUUGUUUAACAUGGGCCAAUGUUAAAUUAUUUAAUUAUUGUCAUAUUAGAUAUUAAUUGCAUCCUAAUUUGGGGCCAAUAUUUUAUGACCAAUAUUGACGUUACAUUGAGAAAACUUUGGCCAAUAUACUCCCAAUGUUUAGUCAACGUUUAGCCAAUGUAUUGUGCUACUAGGGAUGUUAACAAGGCGACACAGAGAGAAAGAAAGAGAGAGAGAGAGAGAGAGAGAGAGAGGGGGGGGAUAUCUCUGUCUAUAACGUAACAUAUUCAAAGCUUAUUAAGAUCGGAAAGGGACACUUGGCUGUUUCGUAUAUUAUUAUAAAUAAUGUAAACUAUAGCUUCGAGUUACCUGAGUGUAAUUUCGUAUUAUUACCUGAGUGAACACGGUAAUAAUACGAAAUAGUAACUGGAUGAGUGUCUAGAAGAAUUGCAUACAUUUCUACCAGAGUUAUACUGACUAUUUUUAUUAAAAAGAAAAUAUUUAUAUCGUUCUUAGGUAAUAGGGAACGUCAUGCAUUCGCACGUUGUUUGCAUCGACUCCCUGGAAUCCGAUUGUUUCUCGCGACGAAUUAAUUCGCGUUGGGGCCCGUCGGGUCCGCCGAUGGUUACGCCGACGGCGUGCAAGUAUAUUUUGGGGCCGGGUGGGUCCCGGUCGGAUUCUCGAGGGUCCCUUUCUUGGCCGCGCGCUGCCCUCGGGCUCUCCACGGUUCCCAAGGGGGUCAGAGGUCGCUGGGCCCUCCUCCGCCUCGAUGUUCCUCACCCCGCUGCGUCUCAUCGACCCGCCACUUACGAACCGCCCAUUCUUCCUCAUCUCUCUCUCUCUCUCUCUCUCUCUUGCGCGCGCGAAAGGGUUUUUCAUUCGUUCGGGUAUGACGAGAGACGUCAGGGCGCGAAUCUCGCAGAAAUCGCGAAAUUAUAAAUUAUACCAGUAUGAGCGGUGGGAAGCGAAAUGUUGUAAUUCUACAAGAAAGCAAGUGAAGCAAGAGCAAAGAGAGACUAUUUUUAAUUACACUUUAAUUAAGUUUUAUAAGUGCUUUUAAUCUUUUACAUCCGCAACAUUUAAAAUUACACUUAGCGCGAUAUCUAUAGUAUGUCUGUAAUACCUGUAAGGAGAGUAGUUAAUUGAGUAUAAUCCAAUUUAUGGCAGCAGAUCUACGAUUCCGAUAGACACGUUAAUCUACUUUUUAGCGGCGAUGUUUAACGGUACCUUCACUCGAACGUGCCGAGAGGGAAGUGCGUGCUCGUCGGACGAACGCCGGCCGAAGGGGCGGCUUCGUGGGACUUGAGGCCCAAGUCGGGGUCGUUUUUGCGAGGCCUGAUAGCCGACAAUUACGCGGUCACGGCGAUUGGACGGGCCGUUUUCGCGGGAAGCAUGGACCAAUCGAAGCACCGGGCAUUACCUUCUCUUUCUCUCUCUUUCUUCCUCUUCAUCCCGCACUCUCUCCCUCCGGAUCUCUCUCUUCUCUCCUAGAGUUACUACUCGGCGCGCCGCAACGAGCACGUUUAGUCUAGUCAGAGCUGCACCUGUGGGUGAAUCCGUGAGCGCACCUGCAAUCUCGCCGUCAGUGUCCGGCGAGAAAAUCGAUGAAAAGUGCGGAAGAGAACGCAAUCUAUCUUUACCAUCCUUCAAUUAUCCUCUUAAUUAUCUGUUCUUUUCGCCAUCUUCUCUUUCCGAAGAGGGUGUUCUCUAGUCAGUGUGCGAAAUCGUUGUUACGAAAGAAACAGUUUUUAAAGGAGACAUUUAAAUGGAUUUAAAGGGAUUCGAAUGCGAAAACGUCGAAGGAUUGAAGAUACAGAGAAGGGCUUCGGGUGCAUCCGUUUGUUGUGCAAAGCGACAGUCCAGCGAGAUGUUGAAGCCCGAAAGUAGAGUGUUAUACCAAAUCACAUAACUGUGCGCGUGUAUUAUUUUAAUGGAAAUAUGUGCUAAAUAUCGAUGGGCUGUUGAUUUUCUAAAUAUCUAAUUGGAUAUAUAAUACGGAACAAUAAAUUGUUAAAGGUGUUACGAAUUACGAUAAGAUAUUAUCGCAAUAUUUCCAGCAUAAUCUUCUAUGAUAUAUAAACGUUGAUGUGCGCAAAUGUCGUUGAUCCUGGUGAGUUCAGUGAAUUUUCUGAGAUUCCUCGCGAUUCUCACGUCGUCUUGAUAAAAUGAAAAAAUAUAUAAAGGAUUAAAAAAAAACACGUAUGCGCGUAGAAAUAAAAAUAUCGAGGUGUAAUCGUGAAGAUGCGCGGCGCGAAGCGAGAUGCCGCAAGAUAGCGUGAUAUCUUUAUCGCACUUCAUCUCAGCAAUCCGAUGGCAGUGACAACGUCAACGUGCCGGUUGAUCUGGACGAUAACAUGGUUAAUCUCGCGGUGAUUAGCGACUAAAUGUUAAUGAGUUUCCGCGAGCCAUCGGCGUGCCGAAGAAGCGGAAGCGGUCGCAUAGAGCAGGGGAUCUGAAGAGGCGACACUCCUGGAGUAGUGAGAUCGACUAUCAAUCAGAGGAGACGGAAGCUGUAACUAUCUCAGGGGAAGAUUCUGAUGCCCCAGCUCCGUCGUUCAACGAUAGAAUCUCGUAUAAGGAGCAUGGCCGUUCGAUGCAGACGGUGGACCUGGUGGCGAACUGCCCGUUGCAGGUCGUAACGGGUGACUCUAGAUCGCCGCCACUCUCGAGAGCGCCGACGCCCUCUCCGACGUCCGUCGCGACGACGACGAGCAUGGGGCAACGAUCGAGCGCUCUGUUACGCCCCAGAAUCUCACUAACUUGGGUCUUACGCGGCCAACAACAAUCUAACUUGGGUCCUGGAUCUAAUAACUAUUCGACCAUUAAUAACAAUGGAGGUACAAACAAUGAUCGAGACGCUUUCUCAAGAGGCAGCAAGAGAUCUUCGAGAAGAAGCGUUAAAAGUGUCAAAGAAAAGGAUACUGCUAACAAAGAGAAUAUCGGGAACAAAGAAAGCGUCGAGAAGCGUGAGAAAAAAAUUUUGCAUAGGCUCCAUAAGAUUGAAAGAAUUGAGAAGACUAUUUGCAAAGAGACGAUUAAUGAGAAGCAGCCGGAUAGCCCUCUGGAGAAGCAUUUUGAUAAAGAACUUAUCAAAGACACGAAGGAAAAAGAGAAAGUAAAAAGAGCGGUAUCCGAGCCUUCUUUAGUAUCUCGUGAAUCAGCAUCGACACUCAACGGACGAGAGAAGCAUCGUCAUAGGCGAACCAAACGCUCGCACAAACCUAGAUUACCCAGUAGAUUUGGCUACGAAAUCGCCGAUCUCGAUGCAUUCUUAACAAAGGCGUCCAUAGAGAGACCUGCGAACAUUCCAGUGGUCCUGUCCUUCCCAUCGGUACUAUAUCAAACUCAAGGCGGUGUACAGGACGAGAUGGCUCUCCCUCUGGGUACAGUCGUGAAUGCCGUCUUCAAGAAUCAAACCUGGCUGUAUGUGCAAACGCCUCAUGGACAGGAGGGUUACGUCGGUUAUGCCGCCUGUUUGCCCCUGGGAAUCUUACCACAACCUACACGAGGACCAUGCUGGGAAGAUUCCACCGAUGUUUUUCCCCGACCAUUAGGAAACAUGACGGAUAUGGAAAAGCUGCGCGACACUAGGUCUGAGUGCGGGGCAAGUCGUGGGCGCAGCAGCAGAAUGAGACGAGGAUCGAGAGACGCGGUAUCGGCAUGCGGUGAGCGCAGUGUCGAUCGGCUAUACUUGAGAGCAGCGGCGAACGCACGCAUCAAAGGCUCGCGACAUACGCUCCUAGUGAUCAGAAACGAUUAUGAAGCGCGCGCCGCAAACGCCCUGACAGUCUCGAAGGGCGACGUAGUUGCUCUGCUAAGCGACCACACGAACGACUGGUUCUGGGUGCGCUCUAGGGAUGGUAGGGAAGGAUUCAUUCCCGCUGUUAUUGCUGGUCACGGCUUCCUCUGAUUCCUUUCAAAGGAAUGCUUAGAAUAGUCUCUUGUUCACGAAAUUCGUGAAGAAGUGAUAUCGCACUCUCGAGGCAAUAUCCUUAGAGUACUGCCAAAUUAUUUGAGCAGAUUUGGAUUAGUUCAUUAACAAUUUAUUCUGUAAUUAUGAUAUAAAAAGAAUUUUGGUUCCAUUUUUUAAUUGUAGUGUAAGUAAAAGAAUUUUCUUUUUUGUUUUACAAAUGUGAUAGCGCAAAU